AGCGAUCACUGCGUCGCAGUCACAGCUUGGAUCAGCGCGUGCGCCCAACUCCCAGCCCUUCCCAGCGGCAGGCGAAGGGCGACGCUUUCAGGUAAAACUAAGCAGCUGCAGGAGGCGGACCAGGGUCCGCGGUGCAGGAGCAGUCAAGGUUCUUGGCCACCUUGGGGCAGUACGAUGGCGGAGGAGCCGAAGCGCGGUAGCGUGGAGUCCGAGCCUGGUUUUGAGGCAGUGGAGUCUACAGAAUCUAAGGUGUCUUCAUCGAAGACUACCGAUGUUGUCGCACGGUCAUCGAAGGAGGAGGACUACAGUAGCAAGUGCGUGUUCUGCCGGAUCGCGGGACAGCAGGAACCCGGCACCGAGCUCCUGUACUGCGAGAAUGAAGACCUAGUUUGCUUCAAAGAUAUCAGACCAGCAGCACCUCAUCAUUAUCUUGUGGUACCAAAGAAGCAUCUUGGAAACUGUAGAGAGCUACAGAAGGAUCACAUAGAACUGGUUGAGAGCAUGGUAACUGUUGGAAAAACCAUUCUUGAAAGGAAUAAUUUCACUGACUUCAAAAAUGCGAGAAUGGGUUUCCACAUGCCGCCAUUCUGUUCCAUCUCCCACUUGCACCUUCAUGUGCUGGCGCCUGUCAAUCAACUUGGCUUCUUAUCAAAAUUAGUCUAUAGAGUGAAUUCCUAUUGGUUUAUCACAGCCGACUGUUUGAUUGAAAAACUAAGAACAUGAAAAUGUCAACAGUGGAAGAUUUUCCUAAUGUUGGCUCAACAUAAACUAAUAUUUUGGUCCUUUUGAAGUCUAAUUACAGUUGUAAGGUUCAUUGGGUUUUAUGAGAGGCUAUUACUGGUUAGCCUUAAAUCUUUUCUGAAUGUCUGUUUCCUGAGAUAUGUGAUACAAUUCCAUGGAUACUUUGUCAUUGACUUCUUUGUUUUAAUGGUUACUCAUUUAAGAUAUAAGAUACUAUAUGUAAAAUCCCAUUAAAACAAAUCCCAUUAAUCAGGAAGGGCUAUUUUUUUUUAAAGUUUAAAUAUUUUCAUUUCUCCAUAGUCUAUUAUAAUAGUGACUUAUUUAUGAAGAAUAAACUGGUAUAGAAAGUACUUUAUUGGAACCUUUGUUACUAUGAAGGGGAAAAAGAAAUUAACCAUUUCUUGACAGUUAUAUAACACACAAAAUUUCAAAAUGAAGAGUACCAUACUACAUAGUGAUUUCUGUUCUUGUUGAUGGAAAGAAUUGUAUAUGUGUCACUUUUUACUCAGAUUUGAGAUGCUAGUUUUCACUUCUUGAAGCCUAACAUUUUUGUGAUAAAUUGUUCCUUAAAGCUAUAUAAUAUACACAAGGUAAAUUCUAAUGGUGAAUUUACAAGAACAAGCAAUUUGGCUAUCCAAGAGAAUUCACUGUCAUGACAUUUUACCUGUAAGAAUAUAAAUGGGGAAGAAACAUAAAAUGGUUAUAGUAAUGUAUUGAAAACUGGUGGAAAUUAUCGUUUUAUGGUUGGUAUAUUGUACCAAAGGAAAGGUAGAAUUAAAAAGUGAUUAGGCCUGGCUUUUAUCAUGAAGAAAUCCUGAUUUGAAAGUAGAGACAGAUAAGCUUGGAUGAGAAAAUUUAUUUUAAUAGCUCAAUGUUAGCAUUACUGAUACAUCAUUUCGUUAGACAUAUUUCUUUAGGGAUUGUGCUGAUCUACACUAACAAUAGUGAAUGUGAAUGAAGAGUAAGGUACUGAAACUAAUCCUACAUUGUGCCAGUGUAUAGUAACACCAUGUGCAUGAAUAUAAAUGAACACAAAGAUUAAAGUAUUGAUGUUAGAAGUAGGCUGAGAUGAUUAGUUUUCUUUCUUAUAUUCAGCAUGAUAUUAAACAUAGUUUUAGGGGCGCCUGGGUGGCUCAGUUGUUAAGCGUCUGCCUUCGGCUCAGGUCAUCAUCCCAGGGUCCUGAGAUCAAGCCCCGCA